AUGUAUAGGCAGGUAUGGGUUGAUAAUGCAGAUAGAGAUUAUCAGCGCAUAUUGUGGCGCGGUGAUCCUAAUGAGCCUAUUAAGAAAUAUAGAUUGUGUACAGUAACAUACGGAACGGUACCUGCAAGUUUCUUAUCGGUUGCGUGUCUUCAUAAAUCGGCGGAUGUAAAUAAAAUACGUCCGGAGAUAGCUCAGAUAAUAAAGCAUGAUUUUUGUGUUGACGAUUGUUUAACGGGCGCCUCAACAUUAUCGGAAGCUUUAAAUUUGCGUAAUGAAUUAAUUAAAUGUUUAAGUAACAAUGGAUUUGAAUUAAGCAAGUGGACAGCUAAUCAUGCCGAUUUAUUAAAAUAUAUACCAAUUCCUAAUGAAAACUCACUAUACUCGUUAAAUAUGGAAACUGAAGCAAUAAAAACAUUAGGUUUGUAUUGGGAUUCAAACUCGGAUAGUUUAAUUUAUAAAGUGUCGUUACCAAUACCUGAACAUAAGAUAACCAAACGAAGUAUUUUAUCUAAUAUAGCACGUCUAUUCGACCCGCUCGGAUUGCUCGGACCGGUUAUCGUGGUAGCUAAAAUAUUAAUGCAACAAUUAUGGAAAUUAAAAAUAAAUUGGGAUGAUGAAUUAUCAACAGAAAUUCAAAUAAAAUGGAAAAAAUAUUUAAAGGAUUUAAAUCAAUGCAAUAAUCUAAGUGUCCCGCGCUGGUUGCAGUGUGACGACACAGAAAAAAUAUAUAUACACGGAUUUGCCGAUGCAUCGUGCAAAGCGUACGGGGCUUGUUUAUAUGUA